CGGCCGGGCCGCCGCGCCCCCCGACCGGCCGCGUCCUCUCAGGGCCCGGACUCCGCUGCGCACCCUGUCAGGGUAGGGACGCCCCUGGGAUUGCGAGGGGGGACGGGCCUCGGCGAAACCGUCCCCAGAGUCGUCAGGUAAACUUAGAGGGUGACGGGUAGAGGGAGAAGGUGCGCACGAGGGCGAUUGGAACGCAAUUCGCCUAGUUCAACACGGAAAAGUGGUACCAGUUUGAAACUGCACGGCACACCUGCACAACCUGUCUUCUACUGAGUUUUCCAGAGAUGUUUCGGAAAACCUGGAUUCCCGGGAAGCCUCAGUGACCUUGUUGGGUCCACGGGGUCUCUCACCGCGGAUAUUGCACCUUUCAUGGAUCAAGACUUUUGCAGAGCCCAAAACAAGUCAGAGACCACAACCUGGUUCUGACUCUACCCCUGAGACGAGACAUCGAGUUUGGCAGUAUCUCGUUUACAAACCUGGACUCCAGUAAUCGGGAGGACAUCUUCCUUCCAGGAAGGAUCCUGCUGUGCAGCCAGCUAUAAACAGUGAAUCUUUCCUGAGGAGGUCGGCUGCCGUACGAUUUUCCUUUUUCUUCAGAGGCCACGAAGGGAGUCUUCCUCUUCUUUCUUCGGAGGCUGGAACCAUCUUCAGGGACUGGCAUCCUCUCCCCACUUCAGGGGGCGGGCGUCUUUCCUUCAGCUCCCUCUGACCCUGGCUUAUCUCCUCGCUCGGGGUGCCCCACCCACAAGCCUGAUUGGGCCAUUUUUCAUUCCUGUGGCUGAUUGGGCCUUUCAGCACCAAUGAGCUCACAGCUCGCACCUGAUUGGUCCAUUCUGCAAUCCGGGAAAUUUGCUGUUACAUAAAAGAUUUUUGAGGAGCAACUGCCAAAACGGACAAAAUGGCAGUUACUGGCCUCUGAGGAGCAACUACCACAGCUGACUUGUGGUGAAGGAGCGGGGUGAAAGAACACCACUGCUGCUGCCGGCUCCCACCACUGAGGCAGCUGGGUCCCGCGCCACAGCAUCAUCCUCUGAGUCUGAGCGAACCGCUCCUAGCGCGGGCUCAGACCCUCCCGCCGCCCGCAGCCUACGGCCGGGGAGAAGAGCGAGCGAGUGACAGCGCUUCCCCGCCACCAGUCCCCGGACCGCCAUGGCCAAGAGCCGCAAGGACAGAAACAGUUGGGGUGGGCUUUCAGAAAAGACAUAUGAAUGGAGCUCAGAAGAGGAAGAGCCUGUGAAAAAGGCAGGGCCAGUCCAAGUCCUUAUUGUUAAAGAUGACCAUUCCUUUGAGUUAGAUGAAACUGCACUAAAUCGGAUCCUUCUCUCGGAAGCUGUCAGGGAUAAGGAGGUCGUUGCGGUAUCUGUUGCUGGAGCAUUUAGAAAAGGAAAAUCAUUCCUGAUGGACUUCAUGUUGCGAUACAUGUACAAUCAGGAAUCAGUUGAUUGGGUUGGAGACUACAAUGAACCGCUGACCGGUUUUUCAUGGAGAGGUGGGUCUGAACGAGAAACCACAGGAAUCCAGAUAUGGAGUGAAAUCUUCCUUAUUAAUAAACCUGAUGGUAAAAAGGUUGCAGUGUUAUUGAUGGAUACUCAGGGAACCUUUGAUAGUCAGUCAACUUUAAGAGAUUCAGCCACAGUAUUUGCCCUUAGCACAAUGAUCAGCUCAAUACAGGUAUAUAACUUAUCCCAAAAUGUCCAAGAGGAUGAUCUUCAACACCUCCAGCUCUUUACUGAGUAUGGCAGAUUGGCAAUGGAGGAAACUUUCCUGAAGCCAUUCCAGAGUCUGAUAUUUCUUGUUCGAGACUGGAGUUUUCCAUAUGAAUUUUCAUAUGGAGCUGACGGCGGCUCGAAAUUCUUGGAAAAGCGCCUCAAGGUCUCAGGGAAUCAGCAUGAAGAACUACAGAAUGUUCGGAAACACAUCCAUUCUUGUUUCACCAAAAUUUCCUGUUUUCUGCUACCUCAUCCUGGCUUAAAAGUAGCUACUAAUCCAAACUUUGAUGGAAAAUUAAAAGAAAUAGAUGAUGAAUUCAUCAAAAACUUGAAAAUACUGAUUCCUUGGCUACUUAGUCCCGAAAGCCUAGAUAUUAAAGAGAUCAAUGGGAACAAAAUCACCUGCCGAGGUCUGGUGGAGUACUUCAAGGCUUAUAUAAAGAUCUAUCAAGGUGAAGAAUUACCACAUCCCAAAUCCAUGUUACAGGCUACAGCAGAAGCUAACAAUUUAGCAGCAGUGGCAACUGCCAAGGAUACAUACAACAAGAAAAUGGAAGAGAUUUGUGGUGGUGACAAACCAUUUCUAGCCCCUACUGACCUGCAGACCAAACAUCUGGAGCUUAAGGAAGAAUCUGUAAAGCUGUUCCGAGGGGUGAAGAAAAUGGGUGGGGAGGAAUUUAGUCGGCGUUACCUGCAGCAGCUGGAGAGUGAAAUAGAUGAACUUUACAUCCAAUAUAUCAAGCACAAUGAUAGCAAAAAUAUCUUCCAUGCAGCUCGUACCCCAGCCACACUGUUUGUUGUCAUCUUUAUCACAUAUGUGAUUGCUGGUGUGACUGGAUUCAUUGGUUUGGACAUCAUAGCUAGCCUAUGCAAUAUGAUAAUGGGACUGACCCUUAUCACCCUGUGCACCUGGGCAUACAUCCGGUACUCUGGAGAAUACCGAGAGCUGGGAGCUGUAAUAGACCAGGUGGCUGCAGCCUUGUGGGACCAGGGAAGUACAAAUGAGGCUUUGUACAAACUUUACAGUGCAGCAGCCACCCACAGACAUCUGUAUCAUCAAGCUUUUCCUGCACCAAAGUCAGAAACUACUGAACAAUCAGAAAAGAAGAAAACUUAACCCAAAUUUUAAAACACAGGUGCAUGACCAAUUGUCAGCUAAAUAUUCAGUUUUAUGUCUCCAUGCAAACAUUCAAAGUGCUUCCAUCAAAACAGAGUAAAAUACCAAGCACCUCUGAAGACUGCAAAAUGGUUUAGUUCUUUUAUUUCAGUGCUUAAUAAGCAAAUGUAUGUAUGCAUGGUUAUAUUAUUUGUUAACAUGUACAGGUUAUGAUUUUUAUCUUUAUGCUAUUAUAGUUUAAAAUAUUUAUCUAUUUAUGAUGACAGUACAUGUGUUCUGCUUGAAUUUACUAAAUUCUGCUAUUGGGUUACAAUUAAACUGUAUAGUGAUACUCUACAUUUGGAUAUGCUCAUUUUAUUUCUAUAGAAGAAUUUUUAAAUUAUUUCCUAUAGCUAUUUAUUUAAAUAUAGCAUCAUAAUUCAACAGUCUUGAUUCACUCUAUAUCACCUUACAUACACCAUAAGCUCUUACUUAUUUUUAAAUACAGUUCAGAGAGCUUUUCAGUUGCUUUAUCCAAAACUAUAUAUUGCUUCUUUUAUAUUAUAACAAUAUAGAAUAUAAACUUGAUUAAAAUGCAUAAAAAUACUUUGUAUUUGUGUUUCACUGCAUUGUAUAUUUUUUCAUUUGGUACACAAAGAAAUGUAUUCUUCAUAGGUUUAUUCUUUUAACAUGUGAACUAUUAUUAAAAGUUAUUCUGGUUCCUGAUUAAAAACAAAUGCUUACUGG